AUGCAUGCUGCGCCCAACAGGACAGCUGACAUUCGCGAUAUACGAGACUUUUCCCUGGCUGUUGCAGGCUUUGUGGUGUGUGGCCUAGGCUUUGUGGUGUUUGGCCUAGGCCUUGCAUUCACGUAUGCCUCCUCGGACUUUCGCAUGAAGCGUCUGGCCGUGAAGAAGUUCAUGGCACCCUAUGAGCCAGCCUCGUCUCCGGACGAGGUCGUCCCACGAAAGGUCGUAGAUGACAUCCGACAUAGGCUGAGCAGCUGGCGGCAGAAGUCCGACGCGACCAUCGUGAGUGGCCGCUACAAAUCCGGCAAGACUGUGGCCGUGGAAGAGGCCUUGCGCAGUGUUUGUGGUGUGUGGGCCUUCACGGUGGAGGUGGAAGACUGGAAGCCUGCCAUGUACCAAAUGCUUGGAGUGAAGGACGCGAACAUGUUUGCCGAGGUGCUUCGUCGUGUCCGCGCCAAGUUGCAAAAGAAGAAGUUUGCAAAGAACCUGACCCAAUAUCCCAUCCUGCUUCUGGACAUUCCUCGCGACACCAAAGGAGGUAAGGAGGAGGGGAUGAAGUUGGUUUCCACCACAGCGAAGGACAUGUCGAGUGAUUCACGCUACGCCGCAACGGCACAUGUGCUGGUGGCCGCCUCAUCUGCUGCCUCGGCUCUGGCGUUUGAUGCUGGCGGUCGCAGAUUCGACAUCUGGGUGGGCGACAUGACCGAGAAGGAGGCGAGUGAGUUGCUCAAGAUGCACGAGCACGAGUCGGCCGCGGCAGCAAUCAUUGACAAUUGUGGCCGCCGCGCUGGUGAUUUGGUGGAUGCAUGCAGUAUGCUGAAGAGAGGAAUCAAGCAGCGCUUUCACAAGAUGGCAGAAAAAGACGUGGUGAACUUCAUGAGUCUUACACUUGAUGGAAAGCAGGUGGGUCAGCAGAUUUUAAACGCACUGCUUCAGAGCGGAGGCGCAGGCAUUGAGGCAGUCAUCAAUACUACCGCCUAUGAGCCACGCGAAGUUGCAAAGCUCAUGCGCGAUGAGAACGGGCAUGCCAUCAUAUGGCAUCCUACAGAGAUGAUUUACAGGUUUGCUUCAAGCUUGCACGCGACAAUCGCCAAACAGAAGAUGCCCUGA